UGCCGCCACGCACGGAGGGUGAACGAAUUCGUUCAGUAAAAGUCUGAGGGCUGCGACGGCAGAGACGGCGACGUUAGCACCGGCAGCUAGCUUACUUGCUAAGCUAACAGCUCAAACCUUUGUGCUACAUCGGACGUCGCUUCAUUUCGCGGUUCGUGUAAGGAGAUGUCCUCUUUGUGUGGCACCGGCAAUGGCUUCCAAGAGGCAGGUCAAGAGGUCACGGAGACGCAGGCGAGCACAACGCGACAGGACCGGGAGCAUCCCCGAGUACUCAUCCCCGAGUUGUGUCGACUCUUCUACCAGCUGGAAUGGGUGACGGGGACGGGCGGAGGGAUCAGUAUAAGAAGAGGAGAGAAGAUCUACAUCGCACCAUCAGGCAUCCAGAAGGAAAGAAUUAAGCCAGAGGACCUGUUCGUGUGCGAUAUGGAGGAGAGGGACAUUAGCUGUCCGCCUCCCUCGAAGAUGUUAAAGAAGAGCCAGUGCACACCGCUCUUUAUUAAUGCCUACACUAUGAGAGGGGCCCAGGCAGUUAUACACACCCACUCCAAGGCUGCUGUCAUGGCAACGCUGCUUUAUCCUGGCAAAGAGUUCAGGAUAACACACCAGGAGAUGAUCAAGGGGAUUCGUAAGGGCACCUCGGGCAACAACUAUCGGUACGACGACACCUUGGUGGUGCCUAUUAUUGAAAACACCCCAGAGGAGAAGGAUUUGAAAGACCAGAUGGCUCGGGCCAUGGAAGAAUACCCAGAUUCCUGUGCGGUCCUGGUGCGCAGACAUGGCGUGUAUGUCUGGGGCGAGUCGUGGGAAAAAGCCAAGACCAUGUGCGAAUGUUACGACUACCUGUUUGACAUGGCCGUCCAGAUGAAGCACUGUGGCCUGGACCCUUCAGCCGUCCCACUGGAACACAAAGGAAUAGUUUGACACUCGCUCCCGCUUUUUUUAAAGAGACGUUUGUCGCAUAACGGCCGGUGGAAUUCAAUCAGCAGAGCAGAUUGUAAUCAUUUGCCUUUCACGUGGGCCUUGCUUCAAAUUUGAUGAAAUUUGAUGGUGAAGGAGAUUGAAUGGCUGCCAUUCCGGAAGCGCCUGGAAGGUCCGACGCUGCAAAGCACUGUGUGGCGACUCUGGUGAUCGAGCCGGCUGUCAAUUCAACGUUCUCGGGUUCAAAUGCUUUCCUCUUCAAGUUUGACUGCACUGGAAUAAUGGCAUGAAGAUACUGUAGCCUAUAUUUCAAUUGAUCUGUAAUUGUUAUAUUCUGCCUUUGGUACAAUCAAAUAGUCACAUAGAUUCUUUGAGGUUUUGAAACCCCCUUACACUUUGUAAAACCAAAUUUACAACAGAGUUUUCUUGUUCUAUUAUUUUGUUUUUAAUUUGAGGCACACAGAGCGAUGUCUGUGUUUUGUACCUGUUGCCUGAAACUUAAAAUAUGGCUUCAAAACAAAACAUUAAAUACUGGUUUUGCCACAAAA